UUAGUACCUAGGCAUUCAAAUACGAUUGCGACUUAUUUCGAAAGUUUGUUCAUACGUGUUCAAAGGUUUUGUAAUUUUAAAUUUAUGUUUUAAGCAAAAGUGUAAGAUAUAUCAUAGCUUCCUUUAGUCUAUUUUAAUAAUAAUCAUAUUAUUAUGCAUUAAAUAGUAUUAAAAUAUUGUAAUAUACACAUUUUUGUUCAGCUAAGUACAUAAUAUUUACUUUCAAGAUUUUUUGGCCCGUCACAAUGAAAAGCACAAAGUUGGUAGGAUGUGCAAAGAGAUGUUUGUGUGGUCCCCGUGUAAUGCCCCGCAGCGGCAUGGCGACAGCAGCCGCCGCCACGGCCCAGGAGCGCGGUGCCCGCCAGAGCGCUUCCUUCACGCUCAACCUGUUCCGCGGCCAGCUGGAGCCGGCCCAGGUCUUCCCUUUCCCUGAGCCUCUCUCCGAUGAACAGAAACAGACCCUCGCCGAACUCGUCCCCCCCGUGGAGAAGUUCUUUCAGGAGGUGAACGACCCCGCGAAGAACGACGCAGAGGCACAGAUCGAGGAGGGCACGCUGGCGGGGCUGUGGGAGCUGGGCGCGUUCGGGCUGCAGGUGCCGACGGAGCUGGGCGGGCUGGGGCUGAGCAACACGCAGUACGCGCGGCUGGUGGAAGUGGUGGGCGCGCACGACCUGGGCGUGGGCAUCACGCUGGGCGCGCACCAGUCCAUCGGCUUCAAAGGCAUCCUGCUGUUCGGCUCGGAGGAGCAGCGCGCGCACUACCUGCCGCGCGUCACGGGCGGCGAGUACGCGGCCUUCUGCCUCACCGAGCCUUCCUCCGGCUCCGACGCAGGCUCCAUCAAAACGAGAGCGGUUCUAUCUCCCGACGGCAAACAUUACAUUUUGAACGGAUCGAAGAUUUGGAUCAGUAACGGUGGAAUCGCGGAAAUCAUGACCGUGUUUGCGCAAACUCCAAUCGAAAAGGACGGCAAAACCGUGGAUAAGGUGACGGCGUUCAUAGUGGAGCGGUCGUUCGGCGGCGUGUCGUCGGGCCCGCCCGAGAACAAGAUGGGCAUCCGCUGUUCCAACACCACGGAGGUGUACUACGAGGACGUGCGCGUGCCCGUCGCCAACGUGCUCGGCGGCGUCGGCAACGGCUUCAAGGUGGCGAUGAACAUCCUGAACAACGGGCGGUUCGGCAUGGCGGCGGCGCUGGCGGGCACGCAGCGCGCGGCGCUGCGCCAGGCGGCCGAGCACGCCGCCACGCGCGUGCAGUUCGGCCGGCGCCUGGCCGACUUCGCCGCCGUGCGCGAGAAGCUGGCGCGCAUGGCCAUGCUGCAGUACGUCACCGAGGCGCUGGCCUACAUGGUCAGCGGCAACAUGGACACGGGCUGCCAGGACUACCACCUCGAGGCGGCCGUGUCGAAGGUGUUCGCGUCCGACUCCGCCUGGAACGUGGUCGACGAGGCGAUCCAGAUCCUCGGCGGCAUGGGCUUCAUGAAGGCGACCGGGCUCGAGCGCGUGCUGCGCGACCUGCGCAUCUUCCGCAUCUUCGAGGGCACCAACGACAUCCUGCGCCUGUUCGUGGCGCUCACCGGCAUCCAGUUCGCCGGCUCGCACCUGCAGGAGCUGCAGCGCGCCUUCAAGAACCCGGCCGCCAACCUCGGCCUCAUCUUCAGCGAGGCGGGGCGGCGCGCCGGCCGCGCCGUGGGGCUGGGCCGCGCGCCCGAGCUGGACGCGCACGUGGCGCCCGCGCUGCGCCCCGCCGCGCGCCACCUCGCGCGCCAGGUGCUCGAGUUCGGCGCCGCCGUGGAGGCCGCGCUGCGCAAGUACGGCCGCGGCGUGGUGGACGAGCAGCUCGUGCUCAACCGCCUGGCCGCCGCCGCCAUCGACGCGUACACGUCCGCCGCCGUGCUGUCCCGCGCGUCGCGCGCCGCGCGCCUCGGCCUGCCCGCCGCCGCGCUCGAGCUGCGCCUCGCCGAGGCGUGGACCGAGGAGGCCACGGAGCGCAUGGCGCGCCUCGGCGACGCGCUGUCGCCGCGCACGCUGCAGCACUACGCGCGCCUCUCGGACCUCGGCCGCGACGUCGCCGACGCGGCCGGCCAGGUGACGCGCAACCCGCUCAACCUGUGACGCGGCCCCGCCCGGGAUGCGAUUAGGAAAUAGGGAGCCCGCUCGCGUAUAGACUUAAGGAACUAUAAAAUUGUACAUAAUCUAUUAGGUAGGCUAGACGUCGACGUGCAGCGAGGCGUCCCAGGCGCGCGCGUUGACCAGCUUGAGCGUGGCGCGCAGCGCGGCGCCCGGGCCGAGCGCCAGCGUGAGCGGCUGCGGCGUGUCGCGCGGGCGCGCGUACAGCGCGUGCAGCACCUGCUCCCAGCGCACGGGCGCGGCGGUGAGGCGCGCCAGGCGGCGGCGCGCGCCGGCCGCCGAGCUGACGGCACGCGCGUCCACGCAGGACACGAGCGGCACGCGCGGCGCCGCCACGUGCACGGCCCGCAGCGCCUCGCGCACGGCCAGCUCGGCGCGCGCCAUGAGCGGCGUGUGGAAGGCGCCGGCCACGCGCACGCGGGCGCUGCGCCGCACGCCGAGCCGCCGCCCCUCGCGCUCCACGUACCGCAGCGCCUGCGCAUGCGACGUCCCUCGUACAGUCUUUGUAGUGUUACGUGAUGCCUCCCCCCUCAGAUUUUGUAAGAAUGUAAUUUAAAAUAUUGUAAUUAAAAGUAUUUAUAUUUUUAAAAUGAUUUUUACUCAUAUUACAUCGAUUCGACACGACACUUCGUAUUGUGACGGACGAGCCUACCGUACACGGUAGAAACGUAGGCUCGCUGAACUGUUGAGUCGUUUGCUAAUGCAGACAUACAUAUUUAUGAAAUCUUGUUUAAAUAAAAAAUAACUAUUAA